CACAAUCCAGAGGUGUUCACACACCCUUAUCACAGUCCCAGAAGGGUUUGAGGGUGGACACAGCGGGACAUUUGCUCCUUAAUGAUGCCUAGCUUACUGGAAAGAGUGAUCUAGUAUGUUUUUCUCUAAUCUCUUCUCCAUGCCCAGCCAUGACAAUAUAUAAGCAGGUGCUCCAGAUGUGAGUGGACAGAAGGAUGGAUGGGGGGCUGGCUGGCUGAAUGGAUGGGAUGGGAGGGAAGACAUCCCAGGGUGUCCCUCUUCUUGCUUCUUGCCUGACCUAGUGCAUAAGUCCUUUCCACAGCAGGCUGGCUCGGCAGUCUCUGUGCCUCCAAGGUUCCCCAUACCUCAGUGAGCACAGCACGGAGGCUGGAAUGGUUACCUGGGGAGGGUACAUGCUGACCUUGCUGUGUGAUCACAACUGCCCGGACUGAACAAGCCAGAGGGUACAGAAGAAGUGGAGACCAGUCCCAAGACCGCAGACUCCAAGGGACUUGCAGGGCAGAGAAGGGCAAAAGCAGACACCUGGGCAGCAGCUGGCACAGAGGUUUCAGGAUGGCACGCUCCAUUCUGUGCCUCUGGCUGCUGGUAGCUGGGCUGGUUCCCCAUUCCUGUGACCAAGAGAUACCACCAACAUCACUGCAUCAAAGAAUAUCACCAACACCAGGGAUUCAUAGGGCACCAAGACCCUUCUUCAACAACCAAAAAUUUGCCUUGAGUCUGUACAGACAGCUGCCAGAGACAGAAGGAGGCAAAAACGUACUCCUUUCUCCGUUCAGUAUCAGUAUACCCCUCACGCUGCUGGCCUUCCAUGAUAAGCCAGAAGUCCGCCACCUGGUCCUGAGGGAUCUGGGGUUCAGAGUCACCAAAGACCUGGACACUCAAGCGCCCUUGCACUAUGGGGAGCAGCUGGGUGCCCUGAUGCCUUCUGAGAAGUGUGGGAUCCACACCGGCAGUUUGUUGUUUAUGGACAAGAGAGUACAACCAAAACGGAGGUUCCUCAUGCUAGCCCAGCGCUUCUACAACAGCGACGUCAUCCUCGUCUCCUUAGGGGACUAUGAGUUAGCCAACAAGCAGAUAAACUCGGCCAUUCGUGACAGGACCCAUGGGAAAGUGAAGAGGCUGCUGAGGAACCUGAAGCCACUAUCUAACUUACUGCUGGCCAAUUACAACUUCUUUAAAGGAAAAUGGAAAUAUCGCUUUAACCCGAAGCUCACAGCAAUGAAGUACUUCUCGGUAGGCGAGGGCGUCCGGACCAUGGUACCCAUGAUGCAGCGGGUAGGCUGGUUCCACUUGCAGCAUUUCAGCCACCUGCACAGCCAUGUGCUCCAGCUGCCCUACACCUGCAACAUCUCAGGAGUCUUCAUUCUCCCGGAUGAGGGGAGAUUUGAGGACUGUGAGAACGCGCUGAUGAAGGAGAGCUUCGACACAUGGACUCAGCCCUUACCACGGAGCAGGAUGCAGCUGUUUUUCCCCAAAUUCUCCAUUCCCGUGGCUCUUCAUAUGGAGAAUCUCAAGUAUGCUACCAGCAGACUUAAAUUGUUCUAUGAACACAGGGACCUCAUGGGAAUCACUGUGAAAAGGACACCCAUGAGGGUCACCACGGCAGUGCACAGGACGGAGCUGACUGUGAAUGAGGAUGGAGCGGAAGAAGAAGACAUCUCCAGCCUCCGGUCCAUCCCGAAGCCACUCAUCCCUUCCUUCCACUUCAAUAGGCCCUUCAUAAUGUUAAUCCUGGAGGGGGCUGGCCACAACCUUCUCUUCAUGGGGAAAGUGAUGAACCCUAAUAGUGCCUGAUCCAUUUCCAAGAAAGAGUUGAGACUUUAGAAGACAGGAGAGUGACCAAAGCAUAGGCUAGUGACUGGCCUAUGGUGCUCACAGGAAGGCUGGGGUUGGGGCGGUGAGUCUGACCUUCCUUUUCUCAUGACUGUGGCUGGGGCAGUGGCUUGCUAAUCUUUGAUGUGAGAGCGGCUACUGAAGGGGGCCUCCUGCAAAGACAGGAAGACAGACACACAGGUUAAGCAUCUGUGUGGGAGAGCUCCAGACCUGAUGUCCUUGAAGGACCACAAAGGAAGGCAGUACAUGGAGGGUAGAGCUGGAGGCCCUGAAUUCUGAUUUUCUUGGAUCUGUACUGCCUGGGUUGUAGUAGAGUUCUAUUCCUUCGUAGAUCGGUUCAAUAAAACAGCAGAUGAGAAUGUUGUGAUGGGUGU